GUGUACACUUACGCACACGCGCGCACACACACAUAUAUACACGGGCGCGAGCGUGAACUUGUCAGGGCGUAUUUAUAAUGUGGAGGUUUUUCAAGCCGAGCCUGAGGAACAUCUUUAGCACAAACAUCAGGAUGUCGUCUGAACAGAAUCCCGUCCGAGAAAGAAAACCCAGAGAGGAGGAGAAUUGUGGAUUUGUGCCAUUGGACAUGUCUCCGUCCCUGGCGAGGAUAAAAAAUGGCGACCAUCAAAGUCCACGCGUCUUUGCAGCGAACAUUUCAUCACAGCUGGGAGAGCUUGGGAAAGGCGCAGGGAAGGGAGGAGGAGGAGGCGGCGCGAUCAGGGAGGCAGGAGGAGCGUUUGGAAAGAGGCAGGCUGUCGAGGAAGAGAUGUACUUCAAGAAGAAGGAGCAGGAACAGAUAGCUGCUCUGAGACAACACCAUCAGGAAGAAAUUAAUCACCACCAGAAGGAGAUCGAGCGUAUUCAAGAAGAGAUCAGCCGCCACGAGGGCAAAAUUCGCCAAUUAAAAAAGCAUGACUGAGACUAGUGCAAAUGAGUACGAUUAUAAGAGCUCUUUGCCAGCUCUUUCAACUAACAGUGUUACAAGUUUGAUGGGUUUUUGUAAGUUUUAUUAGUUGUGCAUGAUCGUUAAAAUAGAAUAAAAGAAGGCAAACUGAUUCA